CCACUGGGAGAAGAUGCCUGGGGGUCCAGAAGCCCUCCUCCGAGCUUUGCCUCCCACCAUCUUCCUCCUGUUGCUGUCGGCAGCCUGCUUGGGACCUGGGUGCCAGGCCCUGUGGGUGCACGAGGGACCACCUUCGGUGACAGUGAGCACAGGGGACGAUGCUCGCCUCUUCUGCCUGCACAAUGGCAGCAAUCCCAAUGUCACAUGGUGGCGGAUUCUUCAGACCAACCACUCGUGGCCCCCUGUGUUCUUGGGUCCAGGCCAGGGUGCCCAGGGAGAGUGGAUUAUCUUGAAGGUGAACAAGAGCCAUGGGGGCAUAUACCGGUGCCGAGUGGAAGAUAAAGGAGACUUGAGGCACUCCUGUGGCACCUACCUCCGUGUGCGUGAGCCGCCCCCCAGACCCUUCCUGGACAUGGGGGAGGGCACCAAGAACCGCAUCAUCACAGCGGAAGGCAUCAUCCUGCUGUUUUGUGCCGUGGUACCCGGGACGCUGCUGUUGUUCAGGAAGCGCUGGCAGAAUGAGAAGUUCGGGGUGGAUGGCCAAGAUGACUAUGAAGAUGAAAAUCUUUAUGAGGGUCUGAACCUGGACGACUGCUCCAUGUACGAGGACAUCUCCAGGGGACUCCAGGGCACCUACCAGGAUGUGGGCAGUCUCCACAUUGGCGAUGUUCAGCUAGAAAAGCCAUGAUCACCCUCGUACCCUGCCACAGGCUGCCCCUGCCUGCUGUGUGCGGGAUUCCAGUGUCUGCCCUCAUCCCCCUGGAAUGUUCCCUGUCCUCUUCCCCUGGAACUUCUGAGUCACCUUCCCUCUGGAGUGUCCCACUUUUCCCUGGAGGCUGCCCCACCCCCCCACCUAACCCAGCCCUCCCUUACCGCCUUUCCCAGGCUCCCUCCCCAGUGGGUAAUGAGCCCUUAAUCGCUGCCUCUGGGGGAGCUGAUUGCAGCUGCCUCGUUAGUGUCACCCCCUCCUCCCAGCCCUGUCAUGGCCACUUAGUGAUAAUAAA